CAUCCCGGGUGCAGGACAGAGGGCUCCGGGCCACUCCCCCGCGGCGGCGGCAGGGGCGGGGAGCACGGGGACAGCUGGGUCAGGUGACGGACGCGGAAGGAGCAGCACUCGGCCAGCGGCGGGCUGCACGGGGGACACUCCGGGCCAUGCGCUCCCUCCUGCUGCCCGUGCUCGCGCUUGCGCUGCGGCUGCUGCUGUUGCUGCUGCUCCUGCCGCCCGCCGCGCCCGGGGCCCGCGGCGCCGCCCGCUACGACCCCACCUGGCAGUCCCUGGAUGCCCGCCCGCUGCCCGCUUGGUUCGACCAGGCCAAGUUCGGCAUCUUCGUCCACUGGGGCGUGUACUCCGUGCCCAGUUUCGGAAGCGAAUGGUUCUGGUGGUAUUGGCAAAAGGAAAAGAUUCCAAAGUUUGUGAACUUUAUGAAAAACAAUUAUCCUCCUGGUUUCAAAUAUGGAGAUUUUGGACCACUAUUUACGGCAAAAUUUUUUGAUGCGAAUCAAUGGGCAGAUCUUUUUCAGGCUUCUGGUGCCAAGUAUGUUGUCUUGACUUCCAAACAUCAUGAAGGCUUCACCCUGUGGGGUUCUGAACACUCGUGGAACUGGAACGCCGUUGAUUUGGGACCCAAGAGGGACAUCGUGAAGGAACUUGAGGGCGCCAUUCGGAACAGAACUGACCUGCGCUUUGGGCUCUACUACUCCCUGUUUGAAUGGUUUCAUCCACUCUUCCUCGACGACGCGUCCAGUUCAUUCCUCAAGCGGCAAUUCCCGGUGUCUAAGAUGCAGCCUGAGCUCUACGAAUUAGUGACCAAGUACCAGCCGGAGGUCCUGUGGGCAGAUGGCGAUGGCGACGCCCCAGAUUCUUACUGGAACAGCACAGGCUUCUUAGCGUGGCUCUACAACGACAGCCCAGUUCGAGACACAGUCGUCACCAAUGACCGUUGGGCAGCUGGAAGCAUCUGUAAGCAUGGCGGCUAUUACACCUGCAGUGACCGUUACAACCCAGGGCAUCUUUUGCCACAUAAAUGGGAAAACUGCAUGACAAUAGACAAGUUUUCCUGGGGCUUUCGGAGGAAUGCUGUCAUCUCGGACUAUCUCACAAUUGAAGAACUAGUGAAGCAACUCGUAGAAACAGUUUCAUGUGGAGGAAAUCUUUUGAUGAAUAUUGGACCCACGCACGAUGGUAUCAUAUCUUCAGUUUUUGAGGAACGGUUGAGGCAGAUGGGAAGUUGGCUCAAAGUCAAUGGAGAAGCCAUUUAUGCAACCCAGACUUGGAGAUCCCAGAAUGACAGCCUCACCCCGGAUGUGUGGUACACAUCCAGACCUAAAGAAAAAUUGGUCUACGCCAUGUUUCUAAAUUGGCCCGUGUCAGGAAAACUGUCUCUCGGACAACCCAAAGUGACUGCGGGGGCAACAGUGGUGAAACUACUGGGACAUGGACAGCCACUUCCCUGGACACCUUUGAAGCAAGGUGGCAUUGUGGUACAGCUGCCACAACUCAGCGUUGAAGAGAUGCCUUGUAAAUGGGGAUGGGCCCUAGUACUAACGAAUGUGGGCUGAUUUGCAGUGGGCUGGACUGGACUGUGAUGUAAACAUAAAAUUGCUUCAGAAAAGUCCAGUAGCUAUUUAGGCAGUUUAGCCUUUCUUCCUUGUAUUCGCCAAUCUACCCUGCUGUCUCCAUCUCCUCCGCCCCCACACACACAAGAUACCCCAUAAAAUGAUCUGUUUUGAACCCUCUAGUACAUUUUGUCAUGGAAGCAUCUUCACCUAGGGCUUAUUUACAGGGGUAAUUUGGACAUGAGAAUUUUGGAAAGGUAGCUUGCCGGGCAUUCCGAGAGGGAUGGAGGAAUCGAACCCAAGUACUAAAGACUAAAAUGUGCUUCCUGCCAAACUCAUAUGUUGAAGUCUUAACCUCCAAGGGGACUGGCUUCAGAUUUAUAGCCAGUAAAGAGUCCUAUGUGCAAUGAAUUCUAAGGGUGAGGCUCUUCCCUGACAGGAUUUGAGUCCCUUGGAAAGGAAGCCAUAAAGAGCUAUGACAGCAGGUAGGGCACUUCCCCCGCAUGUAGACCACCAGGGUUAGAUCCCUGGCACACUACAUGGUCUCUGAUCUUUGCCAGCACAGGAGUAAGCCCUGAGCACUGCCGCCUGUGGCAUACAAAACAAAACAAAACAAAACAAAAACACCCCAAAAGCCAGCAAAUAAAAACAACCAAUCAAACAAACAAAAAUUACUGUUUAAGGCACCUAAUCUGCUGGCAGCCUCGCAGAUAAAUAUGAAUGCUAAGUAUGUCAUUCAUUUGGCCAGACUUUGAAUGUUUCUAAGGACUUGUCUUUUAUUGGAAACGGUGCCAGUGCUUUAGAUGGGUGGGGUAGACCUGUGCUCUAGCACUGAACUGCAUUUCUGCAGUUUACUUUUUCACUCUUGGGAAUAAAAUUAUAGAUAUUUAAAAAUAUACAGAAAGGCUGACAGGUAAAAUCACGGUUCAGAUCAUUAUUAUUUUAGUAUCUAUUUCAGGUUUUUUUUUGUGGAGAAAGGGCUGUGGGAUUUGGGGGUUCAGACUUAUUUUUUGUAGAGGGUUUAAUUGAGGUUUUAAAAAAAUGAUGAUGAUGAUGAUGAUGAUGAUGAUGAUGAUUUUGCUGUUUUGGACCACACCUGGCAGUGUUUAGGGUUACUCCUGAGUUUGCACUCAGGAAUUACUCCUGAUGGUGCUCUGGGAUGCUGGGGAUAGAACCCAAAUCGGCUGCAUGCAAGAAAAGCACCUGACCUGCUGUGCUAUUGCUCCAGCCCACUAUAGAUGUGCUAAUAAGCAUUCUUACUGCGUUUGCUGUGAAGUGAAUCAGGCAUGAAAAAAUGAUUUUUAAAAAUGCUAUAUGAAAGAUGCCAAAUUCAAAUUUAAUGCAGAUCUUGUUUAAACAUCAAGUAUACCACAGUGACCUUUCAUAACAAGGAUUAAAAAGUAAACCCAGGGCGAGGGAGAUAGUUUACAGUACUGGAGCACAGGCUUAGAUUUCCUGAGCACUGCUGGGAACAAUCCUCAAAUACUGAGCCCGGAGUAGUCCCUGAGCACUGCUGGGUGAGGCCCCAUGGCCCUAUCCCUGAAUACAACAUGAUCUUCAAAUUGUGGUGUGGAGGGCAAGUAUUAUUGUCAGGACAAAUAGAAAUAAACUAAAAAUCAGAAUUCUUCAUCACUUCUUAAGCCAAUAGUUUGUAUUUCCCACCCAAUUAUUUUCCUAGAGUAGGUGCAAACUUGUCAGCUUUUUAGUUACUUUCAAUUUACUUUUAAUUUUUUUUUUUGUGUUUUGGGCUACACCCCAAAACAAAACACUACAACCACAUACAGGGGACUAUAUGUGGUUUUGGGAAUUGAACCAGGUUGGUUGCAAGGAAACUCUAGCCCUUCAUUUAAUGACCAGGGAGCUAUUAAAAGAUAACUCAGAUAUUAAAUUAACCUAGACACUUAUGUUAUUUUGAACAUACUUAUCACUGUUUUGAAUCCAUUUCAUUAGGGUUUUAUUUUUUUGAGUGCCAUAGAAACAACACAAUUGCUCUAAAAGGUCAGGCUAGUAACAAAUAUGAAUUAGGACAGCAAAAACUAAGAUGAGAUAUUUUGUUUACUGUUCACUUUCAUUUUGUAAGUAAAAGACUUAUAAAAAUCAUUCUGCCUUAAUCCAAAUAAAGGACCAUAUUAAAAUUA